UCUGUGUGAACAAGCCUGCCAUAGUCGAAGGGAAAGCCGCAGCUUUGCAGCAAUACCAGGAAGUGAAGCAGAAGUGAAUCCUCGUGUUGGAGCUGGAUUGCAUUUCAUAACUUUUAGGACAUAUCCGAACUUUGCACAGUGUCCAAGUCUGUGUCGAGUUUGUGUUCAAUGGAAUGUCGAUGUGAAAUGUCGUGAAGGAAUGAUUAAACAGGCUUUGUGUGGGACUUCCUGACUGUAUGUAUGUAUGAUGUCGUGGUCAGACUGAGACUCCUGAGUUAGAUCUGUAACAUGUACUGGAAUGUCGGAGCUGAUAAAGACUCUACAGACCAGCCUGCCUGCUGCGAUGCAGAGCAAGAUGGUGCUGCAGAAAUGGGAGCCAAGCAGUCGGCGACGGGCAGUGCGGUCUUGUCCCAGUCGCCCACCCUAGAGAACAUCCGUGAGGCGUACGAGCAAGGCGAAGAGCGCAAGGCACACGAGCUGAUCCGGAUCGCUUGCCAGGAGAUCGGUGGAGGACGAACAGACACGCCGGAGCUCCUGUGUGCUGCCAGUCAACAUGGUGACACAGAGAGUGUUCGGUUCCUCUUGAAGGAUGCUCGGGUCCAAUUUUCUCAGGAACCCAGUGAAGGGAAUCCGGCUAUCCUGGCUGCGCAUUACGGUCAUGAGUCGGUGGUUCAAGAGCUGCUUAACUCCAUUUCAUUUCCAUGUAUCCGCAAAGACCUGUUAAACUGGAUGCUGGCGACGGCAUGUCAGCAGGGCCAUUUAGAGGUGGUUAAGCUGUUGGUCAUCAAUUACCAGGCUGAUACAGAGGACUUCGCCCUGCAUUGUGAUGAGUUUGCAGUCAUUACUGGCCUGCCGCUGUAUGCUGCAGCCAGGGCAGGAAAUAAGGAGAUAGCGAGGUUUUUGCUGGAGAAUGGAGCCUGCUUCUCUUCGUACACAUUGAUGGACCACGGCAAGUUCACAGAGGAGCUGCUGAGAGAGCGUCUGGUGGAGGACACGGACACACACAGUGAUGGCAGAGUGCAACAACCUGUGAGUGUGCAGUGGUUGGGGUUAAAUCUGCCAUGGUUGGAGCUGGACUGGUUCCUGGAUGUUUCCUCCAGGAUCACAGUGCUGGAUGUGUCGCACAACAGCUUGAGCGCUCUGCCCUCGGUGGUGCCAUGGGGCCUCAUAAACCUGCACACACUAAACCUCUCACACAACAGACUCAAAGAGCUGCACACACCCCAGUCCUCUCAGGAGAUCAUUUGCAUCAGAUUGCGCCAGGUCAAUCUCAGUGAGAACGAGUUGGAGAGUCUCCCGGUUGGCUUGCUGCAUCUCAGCCAGAUCCAGAGACUCUUCGCAGCCAAGAACAAACUCAGCAUCCUUUUCAACAUCCCUAAUGGCACUAACUGGAUUGGGCUGCGCAGGCUUCAGGAACUGGACGUGUCUGAUAACCACCUAACUGAUCUCCCAUCCCACGUGCUGCACUGUUUCAAAUCCCUCAACAGCCUCAAUAUCAGCAAGAACCGUCUGAACCGCUUCCCCGACCCCUGGGCCUGUCCUCUGAAAUUCUGCAGUGCUGCAUCCAACCAGAUCCAGAGUCUUCCUGACACGAUCUCCAUCUUCUGGAGGACUCACCUGAAGGAGGUGGACUUCUCAGAGAACGCCCUGAAGGAGCUGCCCUCCUACAUAUUUGAGCUCGAGGCUAUCGUCUCCCUAAAGCUCUGUGGGAAUCAGAUCUCCACUCUGCCGGCUCCAAACAAAUGGAAAUGCUCUCAGCUUCGAACCUUAGACUUGUCCAGAAACCAGCUGGGGAAAAAUGUUAGGACCGAGGAGAACACCAAGACUAGGAGGCUCCCCUUUUUAACCACGUGGCAUCGCAGAGACCCUGAACCAGCUUGUCCCAUCCAGUUUCCCGAAAUCCUGCGGGAUUCGCUGGAAGUACUGUUCCUCAACGACAACCAGCUGGAGUGUGUGCCUCCGUCCUUGUGCACCCUUAAAACCCUGUCCGAGCUCUACCUGUCCAAUAAUCCAGGCAUCCAGGAACUCCCAGCUGAACUGGGCCAGCUCUCAAACCUCUGGCAGCUGGACAUUGAAGAGCUAAACAUCACCAAUGUGCCUGCAGAUGUCUGCAAGGAUGGUCCAGCAUCUGUGCUGGCAUUCCUGCGUGCUGAGCUGCGCUGCGCCGAGCCCUGCAGGUUGAUGAAGCUGAUGUUUGUUGGGCCGCCACGUCAGGGGAAGAGCGCUCUACUGGAGGCCCUUCAGACCGGAAGAAACUCACCCUUCUCUUCAUCUGAUCACAGCAUCCGCACCUCAUCCUGGAUCCUAGAGAGACCCAGUGGAGUCAAGAAUAAUAUCGACUGCGUGUCCUUUAAUGUUUGGGACAUCGGAGGUCCAGCCAGCAUGUCCACUGUGAACCAGUGUUUCUUCACGGAUAAAGCUCUGUAUGUGGUGGUCUGGAACCUGGCGUUAGGAGAAGAGGCUGUGGCCAACCUGCAGUCCUGGCUGCUCAACAUAGAGGCACGUGCUCCAAACUCGGCGGUAGUUGUCAUCGGCACACACCUGGACCUCAUCGACAGUAAGUUUCGCACCGAGCGGAUUGCCACGCUGAGAGCCUACAUCCUGGCGUUGUGCAGGACGCCGUCAGGUGCCAGGGCCAGCGGAUACCCGGACAUCACCUGGAAGCACCUGCACGAGGUGUCGUGUAAGAACCUGGAAGGCAUGGACGGUCUCAAGAGGCUCCUGUACCAGGUGGCCUGCUCCAUGAAGGAUAUCAGUAAUCCAGCCAGCUGUCACAAACUAGUGGGAAGAUUGAUCCCCAAGAGCUACCUGACCCUCCAGGAGGCAGUGUUAGCGGAGAGUCAGAGGAGAGAUGCGGAAGAUGAGGUCCAGUAUCUGACGGAUCUGGAGCUGGAGCAGAUUAUUGAACAGAGUCCUGGCAGCGAUAUCAAAGACUACGAGGACCUCCAGACUGCGAUCAGUUUUUUAAUCGAGACUGGCACCGUACUGCACUUUUCUGAUACAAGUCAUGGCCUGUGUAAGCUUUACUUCCUGGAUGCCGUAUGGCUAGCCGAGUGUUUGGAGAGGAUUGUGCAUCUGAAGAGCUCACGCUCUGUGGCGCGUAACGGCCUGAUCCGCACCGAGGACCUGCGCAUGCUGUUGAUCGGCACCGGCUUUACUCAGCACACUGAGGAGCAGUAUUUCCAAUUCCUCGCAAAGUUCGAGAUCGCGCUGCCUGUGGCCAGCAACAGUUAUCUCCUGCCACACCUGUUGCCUCCCAAACCAGCCAUGGAUAUCCACGGCUUCCGUCAACAUACCAGCAACACUAUCCAGCGCCACUUUAAGAUGAGCUUCGUUCCAGCAGGAUUCUGGGAGCGCUUCAUUGCCCGCAUGCUGAUCAGCCUCAAUCAAAUGGACCUGCAGGCCUUAGAGACUAAGAAAGGCACACGAAGCCCAAGGAGCAGGAACACAGUGAUUUACAGCUUUGCUGGGAAACAGCAGAAGAAUCGCUGCAGCACGUUCCGAGUGCGGCGCAGCCAGACCAUCUACUGGAAAGAAGGGCUGCUGGUCACGUUUGAUGGGGGAUACUUGAGUGUGGAGUCGUCAGACCUGAACUGGAAGAAAAAGAAGAGCGGUGGCAUCAAGAUCAUCUGUCAGUCAGAGACCAGAGACUUCUCAGCAAUGGCCUUCAUCACCGACCAUGUUAACGCUCUCAUAGAGCAGUGGUUUCCUGCGUUGACGGCGAGCGAGAGUGACGGAUCUCUGCUGAUCGAGCAGUACGCACCUUGUCCUUAUUGCACUGCAGUCUCACGCCACGCUGACUCGCUUCCUCAGACCAGCUCUACAUCCACUAGAGUUCACUACUUCAACAUGGAGGACUGUGUGCUCGCUGCUGCUGAGAAAGAGCACAUCACCUGCCCCAAUCACUCUAAAGAGCCCGUGCCCCUCCAGGAGCUCGUUCCUGAACUCUUCAUGACGGACUUUCCCUCACGGUUGUUCCUAGUGAAGAGUGACCUGGAGUGGAGCAAGCAGGAAAAAGAUAUCCUCGGGCAGGGAGGCAGCGGCACCAUCAUCUACAAAGCCAAGUACAGAGGCCAGCCAGUGGCCAUCAAACACUUCCCCUUUAAGAAAUGCAGACAGCAGACACUUAACAGCAGCACAGACACCAUGCUAAAGCACCUGCAGUCUAUGGACGCUUCCAGAAGCUUCUCGGAGUUUCGCCAGGAGGCUAGCAUGCUACACACCCUGCAGCACCCAUGCAUUGUGGCUCUGCUGGGCAUCAGCAUCCACCCGCUGUGUUUUGCUCUACAGCUGGCGCCACUCGGGAGCCUCAACAGUGUACUGGAGGAACGUAGCAAAGGCUCUGGAUUCAUGCCUCUGGGAUACAUGCUGACCUUCAAAGCUGCCUAUCAGGUCGCUGCAGGCUUGGCCUACCUUCACAGAAAGAACAUAAUCUUCUGUGACCUCAAGUCGGACAACAUCCUCGUGUGGUCACUGCAGGUGGAGGACUCGGUCAACGUCAAGCUGUCAGACUAUGGCAUAUCCCGCCAGUCUUUCCAUGAGGGAGCUCUGGGAGUAGAGGGUACGCCAGGAUACCAGGCUCCUGAGAUCCGGCCAGGCAUUGUCUAUGAUGAGAAGGUGGACAUGUUCUCUUAUGGGAUGGUCCUGUAUGAGCUGUUGUCUGGGCGCCGGCCAUCGUUGGGUCAUCACCAGCUGCAGAUUGCGAAGAAGCUCUCCAAAGGCAUCCGGCCUGUUCUGGGAAUCCCACAGGAAGUACAGUUCUAUUGCCUGCAGGCUUUAAUGCAGGAAUGCUGGGAGACCAAACCAGAGAAGCGUCCUCUAGCCUUGCCUAUCCUGAGACAGAUGCAGGAGCCAAGCUUCACCUGUCUGAGGUACCUGUUGCCCUGUGAGCAGCACAGUCAGCUCUUCCUCUCCUCGCUGCAGGGCUACAGCGCCGUCUUCUGGGAUGGUGAAAAAGACAACAGGAACUACACCGUGGUGAACGCAGCCAAAGGUCAGGUGGAGGUGAAGCGGAUGCCAUGCCCAGGAUCACGCCUCAGCUGUCAGCUGAAGACGGAGAACACCCUGUGGACCGCCACCGAGGAGCAGGAGGUCUUUAUCUACAGCCUGAAAGAGAUGUGUCCCCUGAGUCACCCGCAGAAACUGCUCUCUUGUCCGGCCGUGGUCACCUGCCUCACGCUGCUGCCAGCCAGGUCAGAGUCUCUACCGCAGGUUUUUGCUGGCAUGGCAGAUGGCUUGAUUGCUGUGUACACUCUAGUGGAUGACUUGCCUUUGGACGGUGUGGCCUACGUGUGCUCUCACACCGUGAACAAGUCGCUGUUGGCGAUGGAGGAUUUGGAUCCGCGUCAAAGGCCAUACCCUGUAAAGAGCAUCGUGCCCAUACGCUCUGGCUCUGAGGUGUGGUACACUAAUGGGCCCGGUUUGCUUGUGAUCGACAGUGGUACUCUGCAGCCAAUUCGCCGCCUUGACCCUUACCUCCCACCCUCCUGUGUGGUCUCCAUGAUAUCCGCCCCAAGUUUUCGAGGUGAUGAAGCCAUCUGGUGUCUAGAUGACCAUACUAACACUUUGCUCAUGUACCACACGGGUAGUUACCAGCUCUGCGCCACUUACAGCUGUGGUGACUUACACCCAUUCCGAGACGUUUUCCCUAUCCAGAAUCCAGCAGGAGUUACAGAUGUCACUAUGAAUGAUGAGGAGCAAACAAAGGAAGAGGAACCAAUGCCACUCGAGAAUAAACCUGUUGUUACGGUAACAGUAAUCCACAGCGAGGAUGCUGGCACGCAGAUCCUCAACCAGCAGGACUCAGUAGAUUACUGCUCCAUCAGCUCCUCAGAGUUCAAUUCAGAGCAUUUUGCAGGACUCACCCAUUUUGAGGGUUCCAGCUCAGGAGCCCUCAGCUCUCUAGCCAGCUCCAGCAGCAUGCCCUUCUCCACGGACUGCGAGGAUACAGACAGAGCUCAGGACGAGCAGAUGCUGGAGGAAUCUUCAUCUCUAGGAAGCACAGAUCCAACACAGCAGAGCCAAACUCUUCCCCACCUUCAGGCUCUUAACAUAGUUUCAGUCAACAGCACAAUCUGGAUACCCAGGCGCGGAGGUGACAUAAUGGUGAUCGAGGUACAGGAACAGUCAGGGCUGCUCAGAGGUCGUGUGAUUGCUGUGCUCACUGUCCCUGGAGUGCAACAGUACGGGGCCCUAGUGGAAGCUGCACUGGUUGCAAAGGACACUGUUGUAUGCGGCUUUCGUAACGAAAACAUGGCCUGGUGCCUGGCUGUCUGGAGGGGCUGGGGAGGCCACGAGCUCGAGCUUUUCUACCAGUCCUAUGAAGAGCUUGGCCGUUUGGAGACCAGCAUGAGGAAAAGAAGGUAGCUGUGUGUGAGCGUGUGUGUGCAUUGCAGAGCAGAAUCGCAGCACUGUGUGGUUAAAGGUGACUUUAGGGAAUACACACAUAUGUAAGGGUAAAAGGACUCAACUAUGGGGAACGAUUGGGCCUGUGCACUAGAUACUACACACGUACACAAGCCUGGGAUUGAGGGGUUAUACUGGAGAGAUGGAUUUGGAGGCCUCGAUAUACAGACAGACACACCAUACAUAGUUGCCAUAUGAGCUUCCAUACAUUAGCUCCAUACAUCUAUACAUUUUGGACUGUAUCUCCAAACACACACAUCAUUAUAUUGGCUGAAUCAGAGGCAUGACUGAGGAGACCUGACAUCACUGCUAUAUUCAUGAGAGGGAAGCUACGUUAACUCAGCAAAGGCCAGCACUGGGUGUGUGUGUGUGUGUGUGUGUGUAGCAGAGCAAAUUAAUCAGCAGACAAGAGCACUCAGGAUUCCUGUAACAGCAGCACAGCUGUACUGGAUGUGUCUUUGACUAAGGGCCAUGUCACUAUGUGUAUUUCAAAUUAUGUUUAGCAAUAAGGAGUCCUGUAUGAUCUUCUAUAGGGCAACUUUUACAUUCAUUAAAGGAAAAAGUUAUGGACUCUGGGAUUUAAUAAGAACUUCACAGGUUUUCAAAUGAUUUGGUGGAAAAGCAGUUUUGCAAGAUUUUCUUCCAGUCCCAAAUCUAACAGAUCAGCCAUGACAUUGAUUGGUAUCUGACAUUUGCCGUUUUAGUUUUGCACCGGAGCAAUGAGGCUGUCGUAGAAAAGACGUAAUGAAAAUCUCUUUCACCCAAAGCUUUUUCACACCCAGUAAAUAUUUGCAGCAUGCUUGAGACCGCCUGCAGUUAGUUGGUAAUAUCAACUAGACUUGCUGACGUAGUUCAGGACACAGUACGACUUUCAUCCUAGGCGACCACGAUCACAUUCUUUCCUUUCAAUUUGGAAUGAUUAAACACUUAAGACCCAGCCCUCCAACGGUGCAAUUGUACAGGAAAGUUGAUGAUGACAAAUGAAGAAUUGUGCCUUGGCAGAGAUUCUCAAAAGUCUCUGGAAGUGCACAGGAAACAUGAACACUAUUAUUCCUAAAGAUAUUCACUCAGUUGGUGUUUUGAAGAUGGUGGUAAAAACAGAGAAUAGCUGAGUGUAAAAACCAUAGCAUAUGAUUUACAUCAAUUUCAUCCUCAUCAAAGUACUCAGUGAGCUCUUGUGCCCACAGGAAGGGGGCGGAGCCAUCCUGAAAGAGACCACUCCUAUUAGGAUGGAAAUGAUUUAUCAUAGGAUAAAGGCGAUCAAGAACUUUGUAUUGAUUUCCAGUUCCAUUUCUUCUAAGACGACAAAUGAGGGGACAGCCUAAACCAUGCCAGCAGAAUAAAUACCCCUCAGAGCCACUGUUUUGUUUUUCAUUGAAUUUGUCAUCUGUGUGAUAAAGAAACUUCCAAAUAACUUGUAAAUAUGGAUUUUGUACAUGUGAAGUCUUUUACUCUAAAUUAAGAUAAUGCAUCUUCAUGACAAUGUUACUGAAGCUAUUUUUUUCGGAGGAUUUGGACUUUUAUAUGAAAGAUAUAGCUGUGUUAGACUUGGAGCUCCAGUGCAAAACUGAAAGAGGGAAAUGUUGAACUCUAAACGUGACCGAGUAUGAUUUGCUAUGUUUAGAUCAGGAAAUGGUAUUUGUGAAAUCAUUCUUUAAAUGCCUCUACACUAGUAGAAAUACCAGCAUGUUAGCUUUUACUACUGUAAAUAUGUAACUGAACUUUGUAAACUGUAUGAUAUUUAUUAUACAUCCGCAUGUGUAAAUAGAUUGAUACUCUACUGUAUAUUUGAAUAAAACUGUAUCAGAA